AUGGCUGAUAGAAAAGACCUUCAUUAUGUUAAUGCUUUUGUUAACGAAGCUCAAAGAUGUGCCAGUAUUUUGCCAAUUAAUCUACCUCAUCAAACUACAAGAAACGUGGAAAUCGAUGGAAAAAUGUUGCCUAAAGGCACUAUUAUCUUGCCUCAAAUUUCUGCUAUUAUGCACGAUCCUGAGGUUUGUUUUUAAUACGAUGGGCUAUAGCGGGCUAAGGUUGCAAUAAGUUAUUGCGGUUUCGUAACGUUUAGUAUGAAAAGCAUAAAGCUACAGUAGGAUAGAAAAAAAGCAAUACGAUAGGACAAGUUAAAUCAAAAGUGAGAAUGUGUUAGAGCGGGCUAAACUAACUAUAUAAGUUUAGAUUGAAGCUAGAGCCAAACUAAAGCAAGGCUAGGGCAAGGCUAUAGCAAGGCUAGAACAAAGCUAGGACAAGACUGUGGAAAACAUACACUUAGAAUAUCACUUUUUUUAGGUAUUCGACUCCCCCUCAACCUUCAACCCAGACCGUUUUAUCGAUGAAAACGGUCGAUUUAAGCAAAUCGACGAAGUCAUACCAUUUUCAAUUGGCAAAAGAGCUUGUCUUGGUGAAGGUUUUGCCCGAAUGGAGGUGUUUCUCAUCACUGCGAACUUAUUGAAUCGCUAUAGGAUAUCUGUCGGUGAUAAGCCACCUUCAGCAAUGGGAAUAGCAAACUAUAUAGCCCGGUUGAGGCCUUAUACUUGUCAUAUUGAAGUUAGACAAUGA